AUGACUCCUUCACCAAGCGCCGACGUUCUCGGCUACGAAAAGUCUAUCUUUGAUGAUGGUCUUCACUUUGCACGACCUGCAUUCACAUUCCAAUCUUCACAAUGGGAAUCACUAGCCAAAGAGACUCUGUCAGCUACAUCUUGGGGCUACAUCCACGGCAACGCCGGUAACGCCUCAACGUACCAGAACAACAUCAAUUCAUUCUCUCGCUGGUUGAUCGUUCCAAAUCGACUUGUGCCAAGCAGAAAAGACGAGAACGGAAAUGAGCAAUUCGCCAAUACCACAACAAAGGUGCUGGGACAGACCCUUCCCUUCCCAGUUGCCAUUGCACCAAUCGGAGUUCAAAAGAUCUUCAACCCUGAGGGAGAAGCUGCUACAACUAGAGCUGCCGCCUCGCUGGGGAUUCCUUAUACUCUGAGUACGGCGUCUAGUACCAGCAUCGAGGACGUGGCAGCAGCGAACGGGGAAAAUGCGCCGAGAUGGUUUCAGCUUUAUUGGCCUAGUCGGGAACACGACGACAUUACAAUAUCCAUGCUCAAGAGAGCCAAAGAAUCUGGAUACACAGCACUAUUCGUCACACUGGACACAUAUGUUCUCGGGUGGCGUCCGAGCGAUCUGGACAAUGGCUACAACCCUUUCAUUCACCCCGAUCACAUCGGCGUCGAGAUUGGCUUGACCGAUCCCGUUUUCAAGAAGCAGUCCAAGGAAGAGCACGGCUAUGAUAUCACCGAUGCACCCAGUGGAGUAUACCAGGCGGCCCAGGGUGGAUCAGCUGGAGCUGGUCUGGGCCCAGCAGCUCGCGAAUGGGCCAAGAUUGUGUUCCCUGGACACUCGCAUUCUUGGGAGGACAUUGAGUUCCUAAAGAAGCACUGGGAUGGACCUAUCGUACUUAAGGGUAUUCAGAGCGUUCAAGACGCCAAGAAGUGCGUUAAAGUUGGCGUCCAGGGUAUUGUGGUGAGCAACCACGGCGGUAGACAACAGGACGGUGGUGUGAGCAGUUUGGGUAUGCUUCCGAGGAUCGCCAAUGCUGUUGGUGACAAAAUCGAUGUCUUGUUCGAUAGCGGUAUCAGGUGUGGUGCAGAUAUCAUGAAAGCAUUGGCUCUUGGAGCAAAGUGUGUUCUUGUUGGAAGACCAUAUGCUUAUGGCUUAGCACUGGGUGGAGAGGAUGGAGUGAGGCAUGUUUUGCGAGCGUUGUGUGGUGAUUUGACUAUGAACAUGCACUUGGCAGGCUUGAGAGAUAUUAGCGAGGUGACUAGGGAUAUUUUAGUCAAGGAAAGUGACCUAUUUUAG